AGCACUGCACUGUAUACUGUAUCUCCAUGCCCGCGAGAAGUGGUCUACUGUACUGUUCCACCGAUGUCUGGUGAAUCGGCCGAGUGAACCUUUCGGGCGCGCAGCGGACACGUUUACAGCGCACCUCCGCUUAUUGUCGCGAUGGUGCGACAGGAUUACGACGUGGUCGAUUAUUCGCAGCCCCCGCGAAGUGGUACUGGGAGAUGUGAAUUCCCGGAAGAACCAACGAACGGUGACGUUAUGUACGAGAACUCUUCUGAGCGCGACAAACUCAGUCCGGUUCCGGUUCCCGACGUCCGCAUUGACACACCGCUGCAGUUUCGGCGUUCGCCGUCGAAGCGAAGUCCGUGUUGUGGACUGAGUUUAUGCGGGAAGAUCGUUCUCGCGGUACUAGUGGUUAUCGUACUGGCGUUGAGUGGGUGCGUAGUGUGGCUAAGUUUGGAGUACUUCGGGCGGCGGACGCUUGAUGUUGACCGGACAUGCAUGGAACCCGAAUGUCUCCGAGCGAGUGCUAUGCUGCGAGGCAGUGUCAACACAAGCGUGUCACCUUGCGGAGGCGUGUGGGAAUUUUCUUGCGGAAAAUGGCUGUUGAAUAACCCGAUUCCCCCGACGAAGUCGAGAUGGGGAGUUUUUGACAAGCUUCGUUAUCAAGCUACCGAAGAAUACCGAUCGAUAGUGAACACGCUGCCGCAGCCUCUCGAGGCGGAUCAAUUGCCUUGGAAGCUGAAGCACUUUUACGACUCGUGCAUGGAUUUAGACAACAUCAACAUUGAUAAGGCCAGUCAGCUACUAUUGGAAAUCAAACAGUUCGGUGAAGUUGAUAAGAAAAGAACGAACAAUAAAAAAAAAGGUCAGGAGGAGACGGAAAAUGUACUGAGCAUUGUGAUGCUCACGCACGCACAAAACUGCGUUCGUAAUCGCGAGUCUCCUGCCGCCGCUGUCGGUCGGUCGGUCGGUCGUCGUCGUCGUUGUCGUUCGUUCAUACCAAGCAGCGAUUUUAUCAUAGAGCAACCCGAGUCCCAAAUAAUUCGGCGUCAGAACGAAAAUCUGUCGCCAGAGAAUGAUCCCGAUGCCGAAUAGCAAACUCCAGCUCCAAAGGACCAAGUCCAGUGGGUAGGUGAAGAAAACGCAUGAGCCGAAUUGAACGAUCACGACGUGGAACGUGAGACAGCCGAGCCAGAGCCAGAGGAACAUGGAUGUUGGGCCCAGGCCAGCGAAUGGGUUCACGUGCUUUCCCAAACGGCGGCAGUUGAUUUCGUUGAAGAGAAUCAUGAGCACGAAUAUGUUGAAGACCAGGGUGUGGUGUUCUGACGGGCCGUAACGAGCGUACGGAGCCUUCCAGUUCAUAUCUCUUCCGAGUUGAAAAUGAAUGAAUAAAUCAUUUACAGUACUCAUAUUUGAGAUUCCCGUUCGUCGAAACGAUAUCAAGGUCAUGACAAUCAUUGAGUCCCGGCAGCCCAAAAAUUAUCCAGUACUUUCCUGUUAUCUCAGUACCUACUUUCCUGUUAUCUCUGUACCUUCCCUCUGACCAAUUUAACCUGACAUAACCUAACUUCACCUAACUGCCUCCC